CUCACAUCGCACUCCAUCUCGGAAAAUUAUUCUCCGCACCUCGAUUUACGAUGCAACCACACGAGUUCAGCCGCACUCUUUCAGCUGCACUCAUGUGUUCAGCUGAUCUAACGCCAUCUAGCAAGACGCGGCGCGGCGCCAAGGAUGAAUGCGACUCUGGCUAGACUAUGUAUAUUCGAGUCCCUCCGAUCUAGGUAGGUGGUACUGUACUGGCAUUUUCGCAUGAGGGAUUCUUGGGGUUAGGUUCAGUGCCCCUGUUUUCUCUUCUGUUCCUCUACUCUACCUUGCGGUUCAGAGCAACCAUCCAAGACUCCACUUACUACAGUGGACAACAUGCCGUAUCAGUAUCAGCCUCUACCAGUAUCCGAUGACCCAGGAGAUGUGUACAUUCGUCUGCUUGAGCUCCACAGAGGUUCCCAAAAAACUGGACCGAUUACAGGCCAGUUAUACUCGACGCUUCUGUCCAAAGCUCCUGCUUUUCACGCCUUAUCGUACUGUUGGGGGACAUCCACACGUACUGGUACUAUCCACAUUACGAAUUCGGCUCCGCCUCGAGAUCUGGACAAUGACAACACUCUCAGUAUUCCUACCGCAUUGAUUCCGUUCUUGUAUCGAACACGCGCCCGAGCACUUUUACAACCGCGUACGCUGUGGAUCGACUCAAUAUGCCUGAACCAAAAAGAUACCGAAGAAAAGAAUAUUCACGUGCCGAAAAUGAGAGAGAUCUACAUGAAGGCAACAUAUACGGUCAGCUGGUUGGGACCGGAAGCUGAUGGUAGCGCUCAAGCAUUGGAAUACGCUGACAGACUGAGCAAAACGUACAGGUUGCAUAUGGCAGAACAGAAGCUCAUAACCCUCACACCUGAAGAAGAGAAGGAGAAGGACAGCAUCGAAAAAGUACAAGUCAAAUUGGGCGAUCCUGCACUAGACGCCAUGUUCAAGCUCCUAGAUCGGCCGUACUUCGAACGGGCAUGGAUCGUCCAGGAGAUACUCGUCAGUCGCCAGGUGUACUUUAUGUGCGGAAAUCAUUAUUCUGUGACUAGCUGGGAAGCUCUCCUCGGAGCAUUCUUAUACCUGGUACAAGUCCACCCUUGGACAUUGGAGUUUUACUCUGGACAUAGAAUCCGGCAAGUCGUCGCUCUGAGGCUCAGCGAGAUGGACUGGGAAUCCUCGAUUGAUAUCGAAUGGUUCAGGACGAUACUCAGGCACAGGUCGUGCUUGUCUGGCGAUGGCAGAGAUAAAGUCUUUGCGUUUUUUGGACUCAGGUGUAAGCAAGCACUGGGAGAUUUGGGUAUUACACCAAACUAUGAUAUGACUACGGAGGUUUUAUAUACACAGUUAGCAGCACGGGCGCUAAAGAAGGGUCAAGUCGUAGUGUUGCAUGUGCCUCGAAUUGUUAUAGGCAAGGAGCAAGAGGAGGAUGAAAACUUUGAGAAAAUAUGGCUCCCAUCAUGGGUACCUGAUUGGAGAUACACGGAGGAAACCCCGGACUCGCUAGUCAACGCUGAAGGCCUUGCAGCUAUGGACCCAGACUACUGUGCGACAAAGGACUCAAAAUUUUGUCUCAGCUUCGACAGCCCAGCGUGGAACGUAUUCGACAAGGGAGCAGCGCCCACGACAUUACCGAAAUUGAUCAAACUCCGUGGACUCACAGUUGCGCGAAUCACCCAUCUGACACGCCGUCGCUGGGAAAUUCAGAAACCAACUGGCCGUCAGACGCUGGUAGAACAAGCCCGUGUCUUGCAAUACAACCAACUUCAAAUCCAUGAGUGGGAGGCGGUCUUUCGCCCCUCCAGGCCCUCGCAACUUUACGUUGCAACCGGCGAGUCAGUAAACACGGCCAUGUACGAGACCUUUAUGGCCGGCUCGUCACAAUACACCGUGGAAGUAAAAAGGGCAGCUACCGCAGCCUUUGAAACACGCCAACGAUUCCUCCGCGUUCUUUACAGUUUUCACCUUCAUGGCUUCCUCGUCUGUUACAUUUUCGUUGUCUUGGCCGAGCGUCUCUUCCGUCGAUUAGGUUAUGCGAAUCCAGAAGUGCAAUUUAGAAUGAUGGUAAUGCACAUGGCGAACCGCAAAGGGGCCCGAAUGGUGAGCGAAGGCGAACUGGGAACAGACUAUCUCGCUCUUGUGCCGAGCAUUUGCAAACUUGGUGAUGCGGUCGUGUUGGUACAAGGCGUUAAAGAACCGCUUAUCUUGAGGCCGAAGGGCGAAGGGUCGGUUCAAGUCGAGAAUGGGAAGGACAAGACUGUACGGACGUGGGAGCUCAUUGGGGAUUCGUAUGUUCAUGGAGUCAUGAAGGGGGAAGCUUGGGAAAUGAGGAAGGGCGAGUGCGAGGAUUUGUGGAUUGCUUGAUGAGAGAGGAAUGUAGACAUGGAAGAUACUUGUGGUACGCCUCGACCAACCGUACACGCUAGAAGCCCCCUUUUCUACACGAGGUUCAAACUCCUCUGAAGUCUUCUCUUAGGCUUAUCCUAUCAAGGCGCAAGACACCUUUCCCCUCUUCCAAGUAUGACAUUGCAGGCGAAAACAAAACAAUACAACGGCUCUAGUCUCGGUCAUUCUCUGUAAUAUAUGGUCUGAUCACAAGCAAUAGCGUGCUGUUUAGUAGGAGAUGGCUAAUACUCGGC